AUGAUUAAUGUUUAUGAAGGUAUAAAAGGAGUGAAGAAAGUAAAAAGUCUUCAAGCUGAAGAUCUUCAAUCGAGUGCUAGUAAUCUUGGUGCAUUACCAUCGGGUGUCACUGUAUUACUCUCAAAGAAUCAUGUUGAAUUCUCUGUUACAUUGGAAGGAAAAAGACAUCAAACUGAUGAUGUUGUAUGGUUAGGAUUUCACUUUUCUGCUACUUUUCAAAAGUUUCAAAAGUAUGUAGUUAGUUACUUAUUAUUAUAA